AUGCUAUUUGGUAAGUUUUCUACUGGAAUUGCUUAUUUUUGGAAGCUGUAUUAUGAAGAAGCAUGGAAAUUCCUAAAUGAAGCUAAAGAAAUGAUGUAUGGCUAUAUUGAAAGUUAUAAAAAUGAGCUAUUUAUUGUUAAUGCGUACCUUGGAGAAUUAUGCUAUCUUCAACACAAAAUAGAAGACUUAGAUAAAUACUUUUCUGAAGCAUUUGAGUUCAUUGAUUACUAUGACAUUUUAAAUAUUGAUAUGUUCCUAAAAUCCCAAAGGUUUGUCUUUAAUUAUUUUUAUACAAAAUCUGACUAUGAAAAAUGUGAAGCUAUUUUGUUGAAAUUAAAUGAAAUAUUAGAAAAUAACAAUCAUCUAAAAUUUAGAAUGCCUUUAUAUUUUAUUCAAUGAGCAGAGUUGUAUAUAGCUUGAAAUGAAAAAAAAGAAGCAGAAGAGUGCUUGAGUGAAGCUGAAAAGUUAUUGAAUAUAAACAAAAUUUUAUUAUUUUCUAAAAAAUCUAUAAAAAUCAAAGACCUAGAUUGUAUAAGUGACUAUAUAGAGCUUGCUAAAAUUUAUAUUUAUUCAUAUAAUAUGUUUGAUGAAAAUCUUCAAAAGGCAGAAACAAUUUUAAAAUACACUAAAGUGGUUGUUGAUAAAAAAAGACGCAAUCAAAAAUACUACAAGCUUUAUAUUUAUUACUUGCUUAUUAUUCUAUAUUCUAAAAUGCAACAAUAUACAAAGUGCUUACGUUGCUAUUCCAAGAUAUUAGAUUUUUAG